CACCUCACAGGAAGAAACAUCACAAUUAUGAAAGCCGUCGUUCUAGUGUUCGCCAUCUUGGCCACCGCAUGUGCACUGGUAGAAUGCACCAAAAACAAAACUAAUCGCUGCACCGGCGAGAAGAACGGAACCAAGCUCGUGGACUUCGACGACUGCCACAAGUACAUCCUGUGCACGUCGCAGAAGGAGGUUUCCAAAAAAUGCGGCAAUAAGGACGACUUCGAUGCCGUUACGCUGGAGUGCGUGAAGAAGGCCAGUGCGAAUUGUUUCGCCGCUCCCGAAGAGGUGGAAAUCCCUACCGAAGAGCCCGUACCGGUGUGCAACACCCAGUUCGCGGCGGACUGCACUCAGUACUGGAGCUGCGAAACGGGAGCCCCGACGCUGAAGGACUGCUUGGAAGGAUACUUUUACUAUGAACCGCUGCGCAGCUGCCUGCCGGGAGAUGCACAGAUUUGCGAACUCUACAAGGUUUAGAAAAAAUGCCACAGUGAAUACAGUCAUAUCUUGGUGAAGCUAUUCAGGUUUGCGGAUGAAGCAUGUUUGGUCAUAUAUGUUUCGAAAAUGGAAAACUAUGCCUGAAAAUAAAGGUUUUAUUUUGAAGAAACAUAA